CACAUUCUUUUUCUUAAAGAAUUAGCAUCAUGCGUUGUAUAUGUAGGUUGCUUAUUAUUUCGAGAUAUCCUUACGCACAAAUCUUCAUCGACAUGUCCCUCUUGGAUAAACGGGUAACACAGAGUCGCUGGCUGCCCUGGAAGGGCGGGAAAUUGCAGCGGAUUACCCGCGAUGAGGCCCCCAAGCCCUUAACCGCAAACUUGCGGCGGCCUCCGGCCCCGCCCCCCGCGCGCGCCCCCUUCCUGCGCGAGUGCUAGCUCUUGGCGCCACCCGCCGGCGCGCUCCUGCGCAGGCGCCAGGCAUGGAGACCGGAAGCGGAAGGCUUGAACGCGUUGGGUGGGCACCUGUGUGACCAGUAACCAUGCGCAGCUUGGAAGAGCCCGGGCCUCGCCCCGCAGCGACCCCGUGCGGGUGCGUGAAGCCGGCUCUGGAGACAGGGAAUCUUUUAACUGAACCAAUUGGUUACUUGGAAUCCUGUUUCUCAGCCAAGAAUGGUACUCCAAGGCAGCCAUCCAUUUGUAGCCAUUCACGGGCUUGUUUGAGGAUUAGAAAAAGCAUCUUUAAUAAUCCUGAACAUUCCUUGAUGGGUUUAGAACAGUUUUCUCAUGUUUGGAUUUUGUUUGUUUUUCACAAAAAUGGUCAUUUGAGCUGUAAGGCAAAAGUGCAGCCUCCCAGGCUGAAUGGUGUGAAGACUGGCGUUUUCUCCACCAGGAGCCCACAUCGUCCCAAUGCAAUAGGACUGACGCUGGCCAAACUGGAAAAGGUAGAAGGUGGAGCCUUGUACCUUUCUGGAAUUGACAUGAUCCAUGGCACACCUGUGCUAGACAUAAAGCCCUAUAUUGCUGAUUAUGACUCGCCACAAAAUUUGACUGAGCCCUUGGGGGACUUUAAUUUACAGAAUAACCAACAUAAACCAAAAACCGUGUCCCAGUCUGAUGGCAAGACUGACAGCUGUUACCAGCAACAGCUCUCAAGAUAUGAUGAACCGCAACCCUACAGUUGUACCAAGGGGAAACCCAAAUGUCCCGAAGACAGAACUUCAGGAGAAAACGACAUGAAACAUGAUGGCACGGCAAAAGUCCAGCGAAGCCCUGCUUCGCACAGGGAGAGAGCAGCAGAUUUGGGUGUUGAAUCAGAAAGUGGUCAGAGUCCGAGCAUGGCAGAAGAGCAAAGUGGCUCACAUCACCUGGAGAAGAGCUUUUCGGAAGAACAAGCAGACAGGAGGCUAAGGAGAGGGGAAAAAGCAAUGGUCCCACAAGGCAACAGUGCGGAGAUGCCACCGGAGGCUCUUGCCUGCCCUUCCAGGGUGGCCGGUGCAGCCCACCACAGUGUGGUUCCCGCCUGGGUGAGAGACGCCCCCGUGGCCUCCUUGGAAGUCCGGUUUACCCCGCACGCGGAGAUGGACCUUGGGCGCCUCAGCUCAGGCAUUGGUCAGGCUUCGUUUAAAUACUUUCGGUCGGCAGAGGAAGCGAGGCGGGCCAUCGAGGCUGUGCUGUCUGCUGACCCUCGGUCUGUGUAUCGCCGGAAGCUCUGCCAGGAUCGCCUUUUCUACUUUACUGUAGACAUAGCGCACAUCACGUGCUGGUUUGGUGAUGGCUUUGCAGAGGUCCUGAGGAUCAAGGCGGCUUCUGAGGCCGUUCAGAUGAAUGACCCUGAGGAGUCCUUGGUGUCUCUAGGAUCGUGAGUAGCCUCCAUCACGUCUUUAAAACAGCCUAAUUGACUUCGGGUGUGGCUGUUGGAUUUUCUGUACAGGCAACACAUGUGCCUUUUUUGCAGAAAGAAGCAACACUUUGGGAUCUCACUGCUUUGAUUGGGCAGUUCAGAAUAUUUAUUUGAAAGACAUAUGUUUUAAUAAACUAAGAGGAUUUAGAAUUUAAGGAAUCGCCAUAUCGCUGAUAGGUUUUUGAUUGGUUAAUACUGAAGAAUCCAAAGGUGACGCUGUCUCAGUGAUUCCUGAAUUGGCACUUGAUAAAACUGGGCAGAAGCUGGGGGAUGUGUUCAACAAUUCAUACUGGUUUUUCUGUCUGAAAAAGCCUGACCUCUGUAAUUUAUGCUACAUCAAAUUGAAUUAUGGUAUCUUAAGAAACUAAGAAAUCAAAAACAAGUGGUUAUAAAGAUCUUUAGAGAUUAAACCCCUGUAUUGCAGGCUUUGUCUCUCACACA